CUCCUGCUCCCCAUUAAGGAUUGGCACCUUCGGAGAGUACCCGAAUUUGACAGGUACCCGCUCCCACGUCCGCUGCGAUCGCAUAGGCGACCGGAAGCGGAAGUUGUCCUCCUACCCUCCCUCCCCGUAGUCUUGUUGGACACAUGACAAGUGCCAGAAGACUACGGGGCCAUUCAGGAAGGGAAGCACUACUCGCGCAUGCACAGUAGGCACCCAGCUGUGAAGCCGCAAGCUGUCACAGCCGGGUGCCCACACUGAAGAUGCCAGCCUCCUGGAAUACAGGACGGUCAGGACGGUCGGUGAAACGGG